GAUCGAUAAUGAGCAUAUAUUUUUCUGAGUUAUUUAACUUGUUUCGAUUUUAAUGUUUUGAGUUUUCUACUGGCAACACUGCAAGAACGAACGUCGUCGUCCUUCCGACCAGCGACUUUUUUGUCGGCUGGGUGUAGUAAUUCGAUAAAAAAAUCCAAUAAAAAGCCGUGAAAAUGUUGGGUCGUUUCGCUCCGGGUGUGUGCACCCAGGUGACCCUGGUGGCCAACCAGCAGCAAACCCGGAAUAUGGCCACCUUGAAAGCCAUUUCCAUGCGUUUGAAGUCGGUUAAGAACAUCCAAAAGAUUACCCAGUCCAUGAAGAUGGUGUCAGCUGCCAAAUAUACGCGCGCUGAGCGAGACUUGAGGGCUGCUCGUCCAUACGGCGAAGGUUCUGUGCAGUUUUACACAAAAGCUGAGGUAGCUCCCCCCGAAGAUGAACCCAAGCAGCUAAUGAUUGCAAUGACUUCUGACAGAGGUCUGUGCGGCGCGGUGCACACUGGGGUGUCGAAGGUGAUCCGCACGCGACUGGCCGAGCCUGGCGCGGAGAACAUCAAAGUGAUCUGUGUGGGCGACAAGUCUCGCGCCAUCCUGCAGAGACUUUACAGCAAGCACAUCAUCAGCGUUUGCAACGAGAUCGGCCGGCUGCCGCCCACGUUCCUGGACGCGGCGCGCAUCGCGAGCGCGGUGCUGACGUCGGGCUACGACUUCGGCUCCGGCAAGAUCAUCUACAACAAGUUUAAGUCCGUCGUGUCUUACUCGCAGGCCGAUCUGCCGCUCUUCAGCAGGAAUGCUGUUGAGAAUGCUCCAAAACUGGCAAUCUACGACUCCUUGGACUCGGACGUCCUACAGUCCUACAUGGAAUUCUCCCUCGCCUCGAUGCUGUUCUACGCGCUCAAGGAGGGCGCCUGCUCCGAACAAUCAUCGCGCAUGACGGCCAUGGACAACGCUUCCAAGAACGCUGGAGAGAUGAUCGAUAAACUCACACUCACCUUCAACCGCACUCGCCAAGCCGUCAUCACCCGCGAGCUCAUCGAGAUCAUCUCCGGUGCCGCGGCUUUGGAUUAAAAAAAAAAAAAAAACAAAAAAAAUUGUCUAUGGUAUUCAUUUGGCGGGAAUUUCUUAUCUGUCAUUUGUCAAAUUUACCAUAACAAAACUGGCUGGCGGGAAUUAAAAUCGUAUUGCUUCUAUUAUACUUGUAACUAUUAUAACAAAAAAAUAUUUAUUGCAAUCGAAAGCUUAUUAUAAGUAUAAAAUAUUGUUUAUAAAAUCAUAACCCUUUCUUUUGGCUUUAUUUGUAGUCUGGUAAAAAGUAAUACUAAAUGAUUUAAAUACCGUGGAUGAAUUCAGAUUCUAAUGUAUGCUGUGGAACCAAUAGUUUAAAGUUUUCGAUCAUUUGGUUUUUUUUCAAUAGUGAUGUAAAUACAACUGACAUUCCCGAACGAGCGUUACUGAGUAUUUGCAAAUCGCACGCAAACACAUAACUGGCUUUACCACCUUUGCAAAUAGUCUUUUACACUUGUUCGAUUCUGUGGCCGCGUAUUUUGAAUUUCAUGUAAGGAUCAAGUGGUGGAUAGCAUUAAAGUACUGUUUAGUAAA